CCGAUGCGUUCAGUUUCACGUUCAGUUCAUGGGACGGUAACGGUGGAUACGGUGUUCGGAAUCGUCCGCAUCCAUAGUAAUCUACAUCAGUGUUGUGCCUCGUCGGGGCUGUUUGAGGUUUUCACCGCAUCGUGCUGUUGCUUAUGGUAAAUCUGUUGCCUAGUUAAUUACGACCUUUGUGCAAACAGUUGUCCCAAGAAUGUAUAAGUGGAUCGAUUCGAUUUGGGGACGAAACAUCAAGGCGUGUUUUUGGUUUUCUUCUGCCCAAACAAUAACAUUGUAGUUGACAUGCCGGUGUAACGUGUUACAGCUACUACGUUGUUAGCUGUUGUCUUGUCCAAUGCUAUUACUUGUUGCAUUUUGCGUUAUUGGUUUGCCCAACAUCUACACUGUCAAUUCAGACAUAAGAUUGUUUUCUAAUAUGUUGCGUAAUAGACAUUAAGCCAUCCGAGUUUUAUUCGGCACCGGGCCGCCGAUCGAACUAGCACCGCGUCAUGGCUUGUACGGACACACGAGAUACGGACGGGAGAAAAGUUACUGUUAGUGUUAGUGUUAACGAUGGGUGCAGUGGAAAUCGUACGACCAUCAAAAGGGUCGGUAAGAGAUUUUUCUGUGCUUCAUCAUCGCACGAUGCGUGGCACCAGUCCAUACCGACGACGUUGGACAAGCUUACACUAAAGCUAAAGAAACCAGUUGACACCAAUUCUUCCCCGUUUCAAUGUCGUGCUGAAAGGUGCACAAUAAUCUUGCCCCCUGUUCGUACACCAAGCGAUACGCGUUUCGAUGUGAUGCGUGUAAACAUCUGGGGCCUGAUAAUACGCACGAUGUAAUAACGUAGCGCUCAGACGCAUCAGUAUUACACUUCAGCUAGCGUACAUUAUUUGAACACUUGCAUUGAACGGUUUUAGCUUUUCAUGUGUUAGUUUGUUUAUUUUUCCGCCCAUUACUUUACCAUAUGUUUGCCGCACGCGAUGACCUUCGAUCUAAAGGUUGUCAAAUGAAAGGUUUUUUUCUUAAGAUUUUACGUUACUACUACCACCACCACAAAAGAGUUCAAUGUCCACGUCGCGAAAUAAAGCUAAUAACAAGGUUUUUUUGUGUGUGUAGAUGGUGAUGUGAUUUGUUCUGUGUACCGUGCAGGUAACACGCGGUCUUUAGUGGACCAGCGUAACGAUGGACUUAAUAGGAGAAUGUGACCAAAAUAUGAAUUAUCAAGCAAGGUUUUUAUGGUCUUAUACGUCUUUUUUUAAUGUACAAGUGGAUUUCAAAUAAUAGGUAUUGAGUCAAAAUACAAUGUUAAUACAAUUUUGUUCAUGUUUGUUAUUACCGACACAACGGACUCAAUGCAGAUAUAGAAACAAAUUCAUCUGAUAGUUCGAUUCUGGCGAAUUUCAUCUUAUCAAAUUGCCAAAGAUCGCACACUGUCAUGCAAAUAAAAAUAAAAUGUAAUAAAACUCCAAUAAGCUUUUGAAGCUAUGAUCAAUAUUAUCGGGCAAAUGAAGGUUAUGAGCCACUGGUGGCAGCACAGCAAUAACCGGAGAGUGGCAGGCAGCAUAACCACACACGAGUCGAAUAGGUUUAAACACAUUUUCCUUUGGCACUCAUAGAUCACCGCCAUGCGAGAACUGUACAAUGUGUGUUAGUUAUUGAUAACGAUUGGGACCCGUAAUCGUCUUACGCUUUUUUUUGCCCUUCUAUUCUGAUUUCAACGUAUUUUGCUAUGCUUUCAAUCAAUUCUGCUGUUGCUGCCUACUGUCGCCGCCGUGUGACUCUGAAUUGGCCGACGGGUUUAAUCAUAACUAAUCAAUUUCAACUGAUAUUUCCAAGGUAUUAGUGCUAUUUAUUUAUGAAAGUAACGGCUAGCAAUCGUUAUCACCAAUCGUAGACUCGAACUGAAUGAUAUGACGUGUACGACGGGCAGGGUUGCAUGCUUUUUCUAAGACAAUUGGUACACUUUCUAGAAUCGCAAUCACUGCUUCUAGUUGACCAAAGUGCUACAAAAGAACAAUUUUCUGAAAGAUUUGUUGCCGACUAUCUCGAUAUGCAAAAAAAAAGUUAAUUUCCAAUAUUUUGUAUUUGUAAAGUUGUUGACGUUCCAAUAAGAGUGCCAUCGAAUCAACAUCCUGUCACACAAGAUUCAGCAUGGUGAUAACCAACUUUAUCAAUCAACAUGUGAAACAAAAGUUUCACUUCCCAUGCGGACGAGUUCAGAAUGUGUGCCAGUAAAAGUAAUAGCCGCUCCUGAAAACUCCCUGUAAAUAAAUUCCAAACUUCAAAACUCUUGCCUCUAUUAUAGAUUAACAAACAGAAUAAAUGGUCUACUUUUGCUGAUAGAGAAUCAUUUCAAUUUCUUUUAUCAUUCUAACAACAAAAGGAUUUUGGGCCUUUGGAAACAGUUUGUGUAGUGUGUUGACAGUAUCCCAAUUGUGUAAGAUGUGCGAGAAACUCUUGAAUUCCAGUUCCACAUUGAAAAGAUUUCCUAGUUCAUUAGUAUAUGGUUUUCCCGCAAUAUUUGGAGCAAUGUAAACUUUACUGGAAUUACUGGAUUUUAUCAUACGGUGUUUGGCCUCUUUUUUAUUUACGAUCUAAUAUGUCAGCACUUUUUUUACAUUGAAGUGUACAUUGAAGUUUGAAUUCAAAACACGCUCUAAUAGAUGAAGAGCAGCCAGUCCAGUUCAUGACCCACUAUGCUAAUCGCCUAAUCAACAUUUAUUUUUGGUAUUUCCAAACAAUAUGUGUAACGACUGCCAAUGCUUUUUACACGUUUUUUAUUACUAUGCUUUUAAUAAUGAACACCUUUAUCUGUUGACUGCAUUCACGUUUAUAUGCUGUUUGGUUGUUACAAAAUAGCAAAAUUGUUUAUAAAUCAAACCACUAUUGAUUAUGCCUGCCCUGGGUUAUCAACAACAUGAAUACGAAAACAAAAUCACAUUUUGCACUUUGGAACCUAAAUCAACGAUUUGCCGAACGAACUACUAGCAAUGCCAAUGCGAAGGCAACUUAGUUCCUGUUUCUAUUCACCGUUUCAGUUCCAGUUAUAUAAAACUGACCAGCCGAGGAUUAGCAGUAGAAACACAAGAGCAACCCUUGGAAUCCACCGUCCACCGCCAACUGAAGAGUAACCGUUAAACGUCAAGAUGCAGCUAUUCAGUGCCCAAAUCGCUGUUGCAGGAUUACGGCGAACAAAUCGGGCUCGCCUAUGGACCAUCCGUAAAAAUGGCUUUGCAAGCCAGGUCGAAUACAAACCCAUACGAUCCGUGCUGGUUGCGAAUCGAGGAGAAAUUGCCAUUCGUGUCUUUCGUGCCUGCACGGAACUUGGAAUCCGAUCCGUGGCCGUUUACUCCGAACAGGACAAGAUGCAUAUGCACCGUCAAAAAGCAGAUGAGUCAUACAUGGUAGGAAAAGGGCUGGCCCCUGUUGAAGCAUACCUCAGCAUUCCGGAAAUCAUUCGAGUGUGCAAGGAAAAUGAUGUUGAUGCCGUUCAUCCUGGAUAUGGAUUUUUGUCUGAACGGUCUGACUUUGCGCAAGCUGUCAUCGAUGCAGGAUUGCGUUUCAUUGGCCCUUCGCCGAAAGUUGUGCAACAGAUGGGAGAUAAGGUCGCUGCACGCAAGGCUGCCAUCGAGGCUGGUGUGCCCAUUGUACCCGGUACAGAUGGACCAGUAACCACCAAAGAGGAGGCUGUCGAGUUCUGUCGUAAGCAUGGUUUGCCCGUCAUUUUUAAGGCUGCGUACGGUGGUGGCGGCCGUGGCAUGCGAGUCGUUCGCAAAAUGGAUGAAGUUGAAGAUAACUUCAUGCGUGCCAGUUCCGAAGCAAAAGCAGCAUUCGGAAAUGGUGCUAUGUUCAUUGAAAAGUUCAUUGAGCGUCCGCGGCACAUUGAGGUGCAACUGCUGGGUGACAAAGCGGGAAAUGUCGUUCAUCUGUACGAGCGCGACUGUUCCGUGCAGCGACGCCAUCAAAAGGUAGUUGAAAUUGCGCCGGCACCCCGUCUACCGAUUGAAGUGCGGGACAAAAUGACGGAGUAUGCCGUUCGUUUGGCGCGGCACGUGGGCUAUGAAAAUGCGGGCACGGUCGAGUUCUUGUGCGACGAAUCUGGAAACUUUUACUUCAUCGAAGUUAAUGCUCGACUACAAGUUGAGCAUACCGUUACUGAGGAAAUUACUGGCAUCGAUCUGGUGCAGUCGCAGAUCCGUGUUGCUGAAGGUAUGACCCUGCCCGAACUUGGCUACACGCAAGAAAAUAUCAAACCGCAAGGAUAUGCUAUUCAGUGCCGUGUUACAACGGAAGAUCCGGCGAACGAUUUCCAACCAAACACAGGCCGUUUGGAGGUAUUCCGUUCCGGCGAAGGUAUGGGUAUUCGUUUGGACAGCGCCUCAGCUUACGCUGGUGCCAUUAUUUCUCCGUACUACGAUUCGCUACUGGUCAAAGUCAUAUCGCACGCCUCGGAUCUACAAUCGUCCGCGGCAAAAAUGAACCGUGCCCUGCGCGAGUUCCGUAUUCGGGGUGUCAAAACCAACAUACCAUUCCUACUUAAUGUGCUUGAGAAUCAAAAGUUCCUCAAUGGAGUACUUGACACCUACUUUAUCGAUGAGCACCCGCAGCUGUUCCGAUUUUCCAAAUCGAAAAACCGCGCUCAGAAGCUGCUGAACUAUCUUGGCGAAGUUUUGGUAAAUGGACCGACCACUCCACUCGCGACGAAACUAAAGCCCGCUGAAGUUCAACCGCACGUUCCUCAAUUGCCAUUGGAUCUAUCACCGGAAGCACUGGCCGAGGAGGAAGAGGGUACAAGAAAAGUUACAGAGCCACCGCGUGGUUUCAAACAAAUUCUGCAGGAGGAAGGCCCUGAAGGUUUUGCAAAGGCGGUACGAAGCCAAAAGAAGCUGCUACUCAUGGAUACCACGUUCCGCGACGCUCAUCAAUCGCUACUAGCCACACGUGUACGAACGCACGACCUGCUGAAGAUAUCGCCGUUUGUGGCGCACAAAUUUAACAACCUAUAUUCGCUAGAAAACUGGGGAGGUGCUACUUUCGACGUCGCACUCCGUUUCCUGCACGAAUGCCCAUGGGAACGGUUGGAGGAAAUGCGCAAACAGAUUCCAAACAUUCCCUUCCAGAUGCUUCUACGCGGUGCAAACGCCGUUGGAUACACGAACUAUCCCGAUAAUGUGGUGUACAAAUUCUGUGAACUAUCGGUACAAUGUGGAAUGGAUAUUUUCCGAGUAUUUGACUCGUUGAACUAUCUGCCGAACUUGAUCCUCGGUAUGGAAGCGGCCGGUAAUGCUGGCGGUGUAGUGGAGGCUGCUAUCUCGUACACUGGAGAUGUGAGUGAUCCGAAAAAAACCAAGUACGAUCUUAAAUACUACACUAACCUCGCCGACGAAUUAGUCAAAGCAGGGACUCAUGUCCUGUGCAUCAAGGAUAUGGCUGGACUGCUAAAACCGCAAGCCGCACGCUUACUCAUUACAGCUAUUCGCGAAAAACACCCAGAUGUACCAAUUCACAUUCACACACACGAUACAUCAGGAGCGGGCGUAGCUUCUAUGCUAGCAUGUGCCGAGGCUGGUGCCGAUGUCGUUGAUGUCGCGGUCGACUCCAUGUCCGGAAUGACUUCGCAGCCGAGUAUGGGAGCGGUUGUCGCAUCUCUUCAGGGCACCAGUCUCGAUACUGGCUUAGGAUUACCGGAUAUUAGCGAAUACUCUGCCUACUGGGAGCAAACGCGUACGCUAUAUGCACCAUUCGAAUGCACCACCACGAUGAAAUCGGGCAAUGCCGAUGUGUACAUGAAUGAAAUUCCUGGAGGACAGUACACGAAUUUGCAAUUCCAGGCUUACUCGCUUGGAUUGGGGGAUUUCUUUGAAGACGUCAAAAAGGCGUACCGUGAGGCCAACCUGUUAUUGGGAGACAUCAUUAAAGUUACUCCCUCUUCGAAGGUCGUUGGUGAUUUGGCCCAAUUCAUGGUACAAAACCACUUAACGGCCGACCAGGUGCUGGAACGAGCGGAGGAGCUUUCUUUCCCGAAAUCAGUGGUCGAGUUCCUGCAGGGUGCUAUUGGCACACCACAUGGCGGCUUCCCCGAACCCCUACGAUCUCGCGUACUUAAGGAUAUGCCACGCAUUGAGGGACGUCCCGGUGCUCAACUGGCUCCACUUGAUUUUGAUGCACUUAAGAAAUCGCUACAGGAAUCUCAUCCCGACGUGCAAGAUCGUGAUGUCAUGUCGGCAGCCCUCUACCCUCAAGUUACAAACGAUUUCCUUAACUUCCGCGAUACAUUCGGGCCGGUAGAUAAACUAAAUACACGCGUAUUUCUUACCGGACCGAAGGUAGGUGAGGAGUUUGAGGCAACCAUAGAGAAGGGAAAAACGCUUGGCUUCAAGACACUAGCUAUGGCCGAAGAUCUAACUGCCAACGGUGAACGAGAAGUGUUUUUCGAACUGAACGGUCAGUUGCGUUCGGUGCUGAUUCGCGACAAGGAGGCAGUCAAGGAGUUGCACAUCCAUCCAAAGGCUACCAAGGGUAACAAAAACGAAGUUGGUGCCCCAAUGCCCGGAUCCGUGAUCGAAAUCAAGGUAAAGGUUGGAGACCACGUCGAGAAAGGCCAGCCGCUGAUUGUGCUGUCGGCAAUGAAGAUGGAAAUGGUGGUGCAGUCGCCCCGAGCUGGCGUUGUGAAAACACUGGAUAUCAGCAACGGCAUGAAACUCGAAGGAGAAGACUUGCUUUUGACUCUUGAAUAAGGUUUCGGCAAAAAAACCCAAUGAUAUGCCUUAUAAUUGAUGCUGAUACCGGUUUACGGUCAUGCAGGGAAAGGAUACAUCCCAACAAAACACUACAUGGAAAGAAAACGGCCAUGAAAUUGUUAUUAAAUUAACAUGCGUUACGAUCAUACAAACAUGAUGGCCUUCUAGAAGUUAGUUUUCACUGUCAUCACAAUCGUGCUUUGUGGCAAUGUUUUAAUCGUACCGAUUGCGCUCUACGAUAUUGGUACAAUUAACUACUCUUUGCAUCGUACUCUAUGAGAACUGCAUCCGAUAAUUACAUGAAAUGAAAUCAUCCGAGCCUAGCUCAUUACCCAGCUAUCCAACGUGUUUUAUAAAACCCGUAUCAUCAAAACUCCGUAGCUGUUGAUAGAUUAUAUUGUGUUUUUUUUUGUUAGAUUAGUUUCAUGAGACUUUUGUUUAGUUAUGGUUUGGGAAGGGAUAUCAAAUAUAAAAUAUUUUAUAUGCAAUGCGUUUAAGGUGCGCAUGGUAAUGUGUUUUUUUAUGAAACAAUAAAAUAUUACUAGAA